AUGAGGAAGUAUGUGAGGCUGGUGCUGGACAAGUAUGAGGGCAGAGAGACGGUGGUGAGGUGUACGAUAGGAGUGACAGGUCGGAGCAUCAGAAGUCUCAUCAAGUCUGACUCUGGACUUUACGCCUGUGGUCUGGGACGAUAUCGAUCUUCAUACCAGUUCACACAAUUUGGAAUUGUUGUUGCUGAAGCACUGCUGGAUGGAAACGAUGAUCCUGCUCAGCUGAAACACUUCAAUAAAGAAACUGGAAGCUCUCUCACAGUCGGAUGUUACUUUGCAGACUCUGGAAGGAGGAAGUACUUCUGCAGGGAAGAAUGUAAAAGAGAUGACAUUUUAAUUGAGACUCAGGGUAGCAGAGCUCAGAGAGACAGAUACAGUGCUGAAUAUGAAGAAGAAUCUGGUACAAGUGGUAUUCUGUAUGUGACCAUUAAACAGCUGAGGGAGUCUGACUCAGGACGGUACAGAUGUUACGUGGACAGAUCCUUUAGUACUGAUCCAUACAGAGAGUUUGAGAUUACUGUCACAGCAGCAGUCCUCCCAUCAGCCCCCACACCUCCAUUAACUUUCACUGGAACCACUGAGCAGUCUGAGAGGACAGCAUCUACAGUCCUCCCAUCAGCCUCCACACCUCCAUCAACUUUCAAUGGAGCCACUGAGCAGUCUGAGAGGACAGCAUCUACAGAUGUGGUGCUGUUUGUGGGUCUGACUCUGGCUGUCAUCAUCAUCCUGUUAUCAGUGUCGGUGCUGAUAUUCUGCAAGUACAGAUCAUCUAAACCAAAGGAUCAUCCUGUGGGAACUGAACGUGAUGCUGUCACAGAGACCAACACAGUGUAUGAGAAUAUCCGAGCAGAGGGCAGACACAGCAGAUCUCCUCCUUACUCUUAUGCCAAAUACACCAAACCGUCUGGAGUUGAAAGCAAUGAUGACCACAGCUUGGUCACUGCAGCCACUUCUCAGCACAGAACUGAAGAUGACUCGAGCAAACUCACCUACUCUGUGGUGAAUUUUUCCAAGAAGAGCAGUGACUCUGCCAACAGCACGUCCUGCAGUAACACCAGUGAAGUUAUCUACUCCGAGCCUCGGGUUAAUGCAAACCACUCCGGAGGUGAUCCAUUGUACUCUACUAUAACCUAGCUUUAGCUCCUGUGCUGGUGGCACAGUUUAUUUCUCACAGUGUUCAAAAUGAAGCAGCGCUUCCAUCAAAAUCUGAAGAUUCAUCCUUCCAUCCAUUUUCUUAUCUGGAGCCUUGUCACAGGGGCCCAGACCCAGAGAAGCCCAGACCUCCCUCUCCCCAGCCGCCUCCUCCACCUUAUCUAGGGGAACACCAAGUUGUUCCCAGGCCAGCUGAGAGAUAUAAUCUCUCCAACGUGUCCUGGGUCUGCCCCGGGGCCUU